GUUGGGGGCAGUGGUGCUCCGUGUCGGUGUUUGACUCGCAAAAACGUCGAAGAAGAAGAAGAAGGACGUCACAGAUUCAACAUGGCGCGGGAAGCCCGGGAACAGGAGGAGAUGGAUGUCGGCGGAGAAGUCGGAGAAGAAGCGGACCAGCUCCCUCCGUCGUCCUUAAAACUCUACGAGACGCAGUUUUUCGGCUUCACCCCUCAGACCUGCAUGCUGCGGGUCUACAGCGCCUUCCAGGACUGUCUGUACGACAUCCUGCCCGUCGUGGAGAAGGUCUGCGUGCGGCAGCUGAGUAAAGGCGAGGCGGACGAGGAGCUGCUCCGGUCCCGGGCCAGAGAGUGCAGUCGCAAGCUGCAGCAGUUCCUGGAGAAGCGUUUCAAGCUGCUGUCGGAGCGGAUAGAGGCACUGCUGGUGAACCGCUGCCUCACGUUGCCGCCAAACGUCCUGCUGCCCGAGGACCAGUCACACCGCAACCAUCCGCAGGCCGAACAGGAGGUGCUGAGGCUGGAGUCGUCUCUGGCAGACCUCCAGAGAGCCUACGAAGCAGAAGUUUGUGCCCGACAGGCCCUGCUAGCUGAGCUGGAGGAGCAGAAGGAGGUGCAGAAACAGCUGGACGGGAUCCUGACGUGGGUCAGAGAGCUCCAGGCAGCCUGGGUGAAAGAAGGCAACGGCAACUUCCAUGAAAGCUUCAGACUGGUGAUGGAGUCUGUCAAGAAACUGCAGAAGGCCGUCAGGGAGGUGCUGGUCUGCAGCAGAACACCUCACUGAACUCAACUAAGCACACAUUCCUCCAGACUGUUUCUAAUCUCCUCUGUGUUUACUCUGUCUGGAAAACACAAGAGAAUUUAGAAAACAGACGUGGCCAACAUAUUUUCACCCACUGUGUACUCAGCAGUUUUCAAGCCUGCCUUUUCCUCUUAUCUGGAGAUAAUUAAUCACCAGUCAGCUGAUGCCUCAAGGUCAAACAAAGGACAUUUAAGAUAUUUAACUAAGCCAACAAAGGGGUCUUGUGAGGUGGGAUGUAAAUUUUUGGCUGCCAGUAGUCAUGAAACAGCAAUAUUGUUCAUUUCCUGUGAAAAAAAUGAGUAAAGCAAAUGCAGGAACAUGCAGUUUGAUAGAUUUUUAAAUACUUUAUUAAGUCUCUGAAACAGACUUGUUUCCCCUUGGAAAAAAAGCAGCAGCUACAUCAGUCAUUAUAAGCAGGUUUACCUUUCCACUAGUCUGACUUGCCAGAUGUAGGAUCAUUUUAGUCAGCUUUUCCCUUCCUUGUGUUCUCUGUGUGUUUCUGUUUCCAUGGCUGGAGACAACCACAACAUCCUAGCAGCAACCUGCCACACUAAAAGUUUCAAAUUUUGUAGAGGAUUCGUGCAGUAAGGCAGCCCUACUAGAGCAUUAAAGUUGUGUCCUUUGCUUUGCUCCACCUAUGACUGAUUGGUUCAAAGAAAUACAAACAAGAGUGCGUUUUAUCCCCCCAUAGCAAAAUGAUAAUGAAGUGCUGCCAGGCUGCUUGACCAGACCAUUUUGUCGAAUGGUCGUUACCUUUUCACAGAAGUGUGAUGUAAACAGUAAAGCAAGCUGAGGUAAUUCUGAGUCAAUUAAAUUAAUUUAUUUCUCAUGUUUAUUGCCUAAUGCUUUACUUUGUGGAAACAAUGUCAUCUAUCUACAUUUUACAGUAAACAAUUUUCAUCAGCACAAAGUGCACCUCAGUAACUCACCUCUCCUUUUUUUAGCUACACAUUUAUCUUAAAUAUCGUCUUAUUUGAUUCAUUGUCAUUUUACCCAUUUGCACUGAUUGCAAAUUGGUAAUGGGUUCAUGAUGUUAACGUCUGUCCUCUCAACAGUUUCAGUUUGAAGACAGUAUCUUUCAGCAGAGGGUGCUGUAUGCACACAAAUCUGUGGUACUAGAAACUGAAUCUGAAUCUUUUAUAUUUGAAUUUGUUUUGUUAUACCUGAACAAUUGUAAUAAAAAUUAGAGUCAUAGAA